AUGGAUAUACUUGGUGACUCAAUUGCGGCUUUAUCUCCGGAUGAACUGAGUGCGGAACACAAAGUUCUCGCCGAAUUCGCGAAUCUGACAAAUUCUCAAGUAUAUGAACACAUAUUUAGUCAACGGAUGAUGUUGCCAAAACGAAAUGUCGCAAGUCUUCAUUCUGCAUCCGAUAUAUUAGGGACAGACUCGUGUGAACUCAUGCUUCCAACCCUUCACGAAGCAUUACAAACCGAGUUAUUUAAUACAAAGGAUUCACCCGAGUUUCAUCUAUUAGAUAUCGGGGCGAGCUCGGGUGAAAUCAUCGAUUGGUGUCUUGCCAAAGAACUUGAAAAGAAUAUUCAAUUAAAUAGGCAAAAUAUUAUACAUGUAGUUGAACCAAAUUUAAUUUUAUUAAAAGCUUAUCAACAAAAGAUAUGCGAGUUUCCUCACCUGAACCAAGGGAUUGUCUAUAAUGGUAGGGUACAAGAUUACCUUGUUAACCAUCAUCAUUUUGACGAUUUUGAGACGCCUUUGCCCCUUACGCCCUUGGACUUUAUUAAUGGUCUACACGUUAUUAAUUACCUGUUACCCAGCUCAUUUUACGCAAGAUCUUUAGCCGAUAUGGCCGUCCUCUUAUUAACUGGUCAAUUAUCCAAUGUUAACGAAAGAAGAUUUGAUACUAAAUUGUUGGAUAAUGUUUUAAGGCAACUUAAAGAAGCUGCAUUGACUCCUGUUGGAAUGAAUGAAAAGAAAAGAUUUGGGUUGACGAGAUGUAUGAGGGGAGGUGAAAUGGUUUGGAAAGUUGACUUUCCACUAAUUAUUAGCAUUAUUCGUAAAGAAAAGGUUCACAUGUGA